AUGAUAUAUCUUGGCGAUCCCCUGCGCGAAGAGGCCCUAGAGAUUACAGACGAUGUGGUUGCAGCCAUGGUUGAAGCGCUGCCGAAUUUGAAGCAUGUGCGCAUCGAUGGUGCCCCAAAAGUUUCCGACCUCACGCUUUCGGCGUUGCUGGAAUGCGAUGAUAUACGAACCAUCACUCUGACCACCACUCGCGAUCGACCAAACAUCCUAAGGAGAAAGACGCUUGAGGACGGAUCAUGGCCACCGAAGCUUGUGUAUCUCGAACUCAGUGGCCAGCAACUGCCCGCAAGCAUUAUUGACUACUUCGAAUUUUGGACGAGCGAGAAGAAAGACAUGAAAAUUGAAAAGAGCCUAGAAAUCGUCUACAGUUUUGGAGAGUACUACAUCUUCUGGCGUGAUGGGUUUCCGCGAUGGUGCGAGAAUUGGCGGUUCGACGAACGGGGCGCAUGGGCUCCCUGGAAUGACGCUGCACUGGGGCUUGAUACAGACGAAGAGUCCGAUGGUAUCUGA